AUGCAAGGCUUCGAUAUUAUUCUUGGUAUUUUAUCUCUCUUAAGAAGUGCUACGGCACAACAAGACAAAAAGUUAAUCCAACAAGCAAUUGUACAAGAAAUUCCAACACACUUUAGUGCUAUUUAUGUCGAAAAAAUAAU